GGCAACGUUCUCCCCGGUCUAGCCCGGAGCUCUUGCUGCUUUAGGGAAAGCUUGGGCCGAAAUCAUGGCAAACCUUGCUGAUUCUUUCUUGGCCGAUCUUGAUGAACUGUCAGACAAUGAAGCCUAUCCUGAAGAAGACGCCGAGGCAGCGGGUGUGGAUGAGGAUGGUGAUGAUGACAUGCUUGACCUUGAGGCCCUUAAUUAUGAUGAUCUAGACAGCGUCUCAAAGCUGCAGAAGACGCAACGCUAUAUUGACAUAAUACAGAAAGUCGAAGGAGCACUUGAGAAAAACAUAGACUUAUCUAAUCAAGGGUUCAUUCUAGAGGAGGAUCCAGAGUACCAGCUUAUUGUUGACUGCAAUGCUUUAUCAGUAGAUAUUGAGAAUGAGCUCAUUAUAAUCCACAAUUUCAUACGUGACAAGUAUAGGCUGAAGUUUCCAGAGCUGGAAUCCCUUGUUCAUCAUCCGAUUGAUUAUGCUCGUGUUGUUAAGAAGAUUGGGAAUGAGAUGGAUUUAACUCUUGUGGAUCUGGAAGGGCUUUUACCUUCUGCAGUUAUAAUGGUCGUCUCAGUUACAGCAUCAACAACUAGUGGGAAGCCUCUUUCUGAGGAGAAUUUGGUAAAAACAAUUGAAGCAUGUGACAGAGCCCUAAAUCUUGAUGCCGCAAAGAAGAAGGUGCUUGAUUUUGUAGAGGGCAGAAUGGGUUACAUUGCACCAAACCUCUCUGCCAUUGCUGGCAGUGCUGUUGCUGCAAAACUGAUGGGAAUUGCAGGUGGUUUGGGAGCACUUGCAAAAAUGCCUGCUUGCAAUGUUCAGUUACUUGGAGCAAAAAAGAAAAAUCUUGCUGGAUUUUCUACUGCCACAUCUCAGUUUCGUGUUGGCUAUCUUGAACAUACAGAAGUAUUUCAGAGCACCCCUCCAGCCCUGAGGACACGUGCUUGCAGACUUAUAGCUGCAAAGUCAACUCUGGCAGCAAGGAUUGAUUCAAUUAGAGGUGAUCCAACUGGAAAAGCUGGUCGGAACUUGUUAGAAGAAAUCCGUAAGAAGAUUGAGAAGUGGCAAGAACCACCUCCUGCAAAGCUUCCAAAACCACUUCCUGUUCCAGACUCUGAGCCUAAAAAGAAGAGAGGUGGUCGCCGCCUUCGAAAAAUGAAAGAAAGAUAUGCGGUGACUGAUAUGAUGAAGCUUGCAAACCGAAUGCAGUUUGGUAUACCGGAAGAGAGCUCAUUAGGUGAUGGUUUGGGAGAAGGUUAUGGUAUGCUUGGGCAGGCUGGAAGUGGGAGACUACGUGUCUCAGCUGCACAAAACAAACUUGCUGCUAAAGUGGCCAAAAAAUUCAAGGAGAAGAGCUACGGUAGCAGUGGUGCGACAUCUGGAUUGACAUCUAGUUUGGCCUUUACACCAGUGCAGGGAAUAGAGCUGUCAAACCCACAGGCCCAUGGAAACCACCUUGGAAGUGGAACCCAGAGCACCUAUUUCUCCGAGACCGGCACAUUUUCGAAGAUCAGUAGGCCCUGAGGUUACAAGUCAAGAUCAGAAGGACCCGAGCUUAGAAGGGAGCAUAGUUUCUUGUUCCCAGAAUUUUAUCCCAUUGUCUGCACAACUGUCAACAAUUCUUGGGACAAACUAACACAAAACCAGUGUAAUAUCCUCAAUCUUUAGUUCUGAGUCCGAUGCGCAAAUUCCAGGAAAUAUUGCGAGGUUUGAGCAUAGGUAUAGUUGGUGCAUUACAACAUUAAUGUCAGACACAGAAACCAUUACCUGUGCUUUUGGCCUGGAUAAUCUUUCUAGUUACGCCUUGGAAACUGGGCUCUUGAACUGUU